UGGGCAGCCGUGAGAGAGGUGAGACCAUGAAAGCGUCGGGCACGGUCCUUUUCUCUGUAAUCCUCGUAUCGGUUUCCAAGAUUGAAUUCGAAGAAGUUUCAAAUAGACACUGAGGGAGUACAAAGUUGUUGGGAGAUGCCUUCCUACUCCCAAAUGUCCAACCCCAUCUCUUUAUCGGAUGCGAAUCUUUGCUCCUAACCAUGUUGUUGCAAAGUCCCGUUUCUGGUAUUUUGUCUCACAGCUGAAAAAGAUGAAAAAAUCUUCUGGGGAAAUUGUAUACUGUGGACAGGUUUUUGAGAAGUCUCCUCUGAAGGUGAAAAAUUUUGGUAUCUGGCUGCGCUAUGAUUCUCGCAGUGGAACUCACAAUAUGUACAGGGAGUACAGGGAUUUAACAACUGCUGGAGCUGUAACACAGUGCUAUCGUGAUAUGGGAGCACGUCAUAGAGCCCGUGCUCAUUCUAUUCAGAUCAUGAAGGUUGAAGAGAUCGCUGCUAGCAAAUGCCGCAGACCUGCUGUCAAGCAGUUCCAUGAUUCUAAAAUUAAAUUCCCUCUGCCCCACAGAGUGUUGCGCCGUCAGCAUAAGCCACGCUUUACUACCAAGAGACCAAAUACAUUCUUCUAAAUGUAGGCUUGAUUGAUAUGUUCCAUGUAUCAAUAAAUUUUUUUUGAACAUUUGA